CGAAAUUGACAGGAUCAAUUACAAUAUGUUCACUUCGACAUUGUUGAUAUCACAAAACUUAGAAGACUAACAUUUUGAAGAGUGUUCAAUAGAUCAUCGAUUAAAAUGAAACGACGUUCCAAAUCACAAAAAGUAGCUCGUGCCAAAUGUAUUAUAAAUAAAGUUAAUUCCAUGAAAGAUCCAUUGGAGAUGCUUGAAACGUUUUACACGUAUACAGGAAACAAUGAAUUUACAGUAAAUUUAAGUUGCAUUAAGGCAAAAGAAGCAUCAUCUGAAUGUCGUCUUUGGAUAUUUGAUAUUAUGGAAAGAAAUAUGAGACAUUUGUAUGAAAAAUCUGAUUGGGGAUGGGAUGCAAAUGCUAAACAAAAAGAAUUAACUGAACCAACUGCUUGGUAUUUGUUAGCAUCUUGCAAUAACAAAUUCAUUGGAUUUUCUCAUUUUCGUUUUGACAUAGAUUAUCAAAUUGAAGUAUUAUAUUGUUAUGAAUUACAAUUGGAAGAAUCAGCGAGAGGUAAAGGCCUUGGUCGUUUUAUGAUGCAAGCUCUUGAAUCUAUGGCAUCGAAACAUAAAAUGCAAAAAGUUGUAUUGACUGUAUUAAAAAAUAAUCCACCUGCUUUACACUUCUUCUAUGCGCUUGGUUUCAAAUUGGACAACACAAGCCCACCGAAUUCGGAGAAGAAAGAUUAUGUUAUUUUAAGUAAACAAGUAUUAAUACCUGUCGCAUCGUGAAAAGAUUUUUAU